AUGAUAUCUUUUGAUGUUACGGCCCUUUGUACUUCUAUUCCCCAGGACCUUGCGAUCGAGACAAUCGAGCUACUUCUACAAAGCAAAUACGAUGAAACGGAGAAUCGUCUUGGACACGCCCAAGUUCUUCAACUCCUGCAUUUCUGCCUCAGGACGUACUUCACGUUCGACGAGGCAAUCUACGAACAAGUGAAGGGCACACCAAUGGGUUCGCCGAUUUCGGGAUUCAUCGCCGAGGUGGUCCUGCAACGGUUGGAGUCGCUGGUCUUCCAAUACCACAGACCGAAGUUCUGGGCCCCGUGUGUGGAUGAUACCUUCGUCGUUAUCGAACAGAAUCAACUACUGACCUUCAAGGAACAUCCGAAUGCGGUCUUCCCGGACAUUCAAUUUACGUUGGAGGAGGAAGAGAACAACCAGCUGGCCAUCCUAGAUAUCCUUGUAUGCCGCAAAGAUUGUGGUGGACUAAAGACCAAAGUGUUCAGGAAAGCGACAAAUACGAUGCAAGUACUGAAUUUCAACAGCAUCCACCCAAUCAGCCACAAAAGCAGUUGUGUAAGGACUCUCUAUCGGUGUGUCGAAACGCACUGCAGUGAGCCGGAAGACAAGAUUGCCGAACUACAAUACCUCCGACGGGUCUUCAAAGCCAAUGGCUACCCGCGCAACUUUGUCAGCCGGUGCAUAUGCAAAAGGGACGAAAGGCCGAACCGCAUGGAUACCAAAUUUUGGCGAGCGCUUCCGUAUGUAAGGAACAUUUCAGAAGCUGUCGGCUGCCUUCUCGCACCACUUGGGGUUGGAGUUGCACACAGACCGGAGGCAACCAUCAGGCGUCAGGUAAUAAAACCGAAAGACCCGCUGUCACGGCAAAAAGGUCUGGAGUCGUUUAUCGGAUCUUGUGCAGUUGUGGACAAAGCAACUACGUCGGAGGAACCGGAAGACAGCUCCGAACGAGACUGGCCGAACACGCCGAAGCGGUGCUCUUAAGUUGCGGCUCAUUCGACGAGAUCCGGCCACGCAUUCAAAUUUGACGAGGCCGAAAUUCUCGCAAGAGGUGACAACCGCGUGGACCGGGGACUGCUUGAGGCAUGGUUCACUGCCCUCCAGUCCCUUCACAAGUGCAAUGAUCUCCCCCUUCCAUACUCGGGGCUGAGACUUCGCCCAGGCGGAGAAAUUGGCCACGCGGGGAGCACACAGGUGAACACUUUUCCUAACACCAGGGUCGGUGCGUCAGAUGGUCGAGCAAUCAUCACACCAACAUCCAACGUACGUGAUGAAAUUGCAGCAAUUAACGACGCGAAUGUCGGCCAUCACGCCACGUGCAACGAUCCCUGAUGAAGGGGGGAACCGUGAAUAUUCAUAGGUAUGAGGUAGCAUGGCAACCGCAUCCUAUAAGUACUGCAUCCCCUUGUGCAUGAACCACCGAUGUUUUCAUUUGUCUCUGAUGAUGGGUUCGAGCAGGAAUCCGAAACGUCAGGCUAAUAAAGCCCUUGUCCCAGCGAUCGUGUCUUCUUCUUCAAGACUGCUUCCUGGGACUCAUCUUUUCGCUUCUAUUGACACUCUGAAGUCUUUUUGAAGCGUCUGCAGAUCAGCCCGGGUAACUGGGAAGACCUCGCUCGGAACCAACCGGCCUGGAGGUGGACAGGAGCGUAACCGCCGCCAAAGCCAAUCGCGAAGUUCGAAAAUCUCAACUGCCCCUGCCUCGUAACGCAGACACUCAACCGCCCCCAACAUGCCCUCGGUAUCAUCAAACGUUCGGAGCACAAAUCGGUCUUAUUGGACAUCCUCGGAUCAACUGCAGCACUUUGACGACACCACCUGAUGCAUCCUUGUCUAUCUCUGCCUGUCAACCACGUCGAUAAUUAACCAUAACCAUGGUCCUGAUCCCCGUCAUCAUCCUCCACCAUCUUACCCGCCUCAACAUCUGCCACGACGGCUCCUGCCCCCACCACCGCUGCGCACAAUCCCGAUGCACCGUCAAACCUCAACCUCACCACCACCAAUGUCAGUGAUGUGGACUCGGUCUAUACCUGUCCCCAUUGCGAUCGCAAACACACCUCCGGCAUCGGCCUGGUCGGUCACUUGCGGAUCCAUAUCACAGAGACUGGCGAACCACUGCUUAGAUCACCGACCUACACUGGCCGCAUCCGCCUCGAUUGUCCGACUGCCCCCGCACAUUCAGCCCACUAAGUCACAAUAGCAUUCAUGAAAACCUGCUGGAAGGCUUCCGACUGACGCCUCAACUCAGUCCACACUGUCUGCGCAGUUGUGUGUGUUUGUUUGGAGUGCGUACUGAUGUGCUGAGAGUCAGGCUGCAACGGCUCCUUCUUAAAGUGACCUCUGGCACUCUCACACGUGCGUGGAGUUUGGUUGCAUAUGGGUACUGCCUCUCGGUCGACGACUGACUGGUUACCUAGCCUUUGAAGGGUGAUGGCCCAGGCUAAAUGCAGGGCUGCGUGUCUCCCUUCUGGACUUUAAGGACUGUGUGCUAUGCCAUGAUCCAGAGAACUAUGGUCCUCGCAGUUUGGUGUGAGCUGUCUCUUUUAUGGCACCUGGUUCCCUGCUGGUAGAUGCGCUUGCACUCCCGUUGGGUAAACAGGUCGUGAGUAUGGUUGCCCAGUCAUCAUCCUCUAUCUGACCGGUUGUUGUGCUGCUGUUGAUUAAAAUCCCAGUCAAGUGUUUGUCGUGAACAUGAUGGUGUGGUUUUACGCCUGUGUACGAAUCUGGCCGUGCCAGCCACCUGCGCCCUCUCUCACCUCCGGGUCUUCUUGACGCCGGGUUUCGGUGGGGAGGAGGAGUGAGUGCGGUAGACGUUGUGCAAGUCUGCUCUCACCAUAAAUUAAUUCACGCAUAAGCCACUGUGCCUGCUUCACCUUUUUAACUGUAGGGCAGUGUACAGAAAGCAGUAGAAGCCGGUCAACCAUGUCAUGACCCAAAAUUCCGCACGAAUCUGCUUUCCUGCGAAUUGCCAAGGGUCGACUUUGCGCGGGGACCCUAAAUGUCAAAUUUGGUUCCACAGAGCUACUGUUGUCUGAAAGGUACUUUGUGGCCAACAUUUUCAGCUCUCGGUUUUAUGUUCACUCUCAAAAAGGGGGAAGCGGCUAGGGUACACUCCACAGAGACGACGGCCCAGGUCUCUCCUGUCCUGAAUUUAAGAAUUUGAAAGUACGGUGGACGAUUCACUUGAUUUGUGCAAUGAGUUACCGUUCUAACAACACGGGUAUUAGCUAAAAGCCCACAUUGUUAGUACGGUAAAUCAUUGCACAAUUCUCUACUACUGCCUGCUAGUCGGCAGUUUGUGAAUAUUAAGCGGUUAUUCCGCAGUAGCUGAUGAAUUUCAGCUCAAAUAUUCAUAUCAAACUUCGGACCGUGUCUGGAAAGGUCUGUUUCGAAAGAGUUACCCCAAGUUUGCGCAUUAUUCCUUCGGAAAUUAAACAAAGCAAGAUUCACUUGAUCCACAUUGGUUGGAGUUCGACAUUCCGCGUCAGGCCUCGGUUGACAGAAACUAGAUUAGCAGUUUGAAGUUCCAUAAAAAUGUUCAGGACACAUUUGAAAUGGGCAGAUCGUAAGCUGCCAGACGAACCGAGGCUGAAUUGGAGGCAGACACGACAGGAAGAGUUGUCGUUGAGGAAAGUGCCUGGAAACUGUUAAUAAAAUACACUUUGCAAGACAGUCUACUCGUUCCCCCGAUGGUAGAGGGGCGCUCGCCGACCGUUCUUACGGAACUCACUCGUCCAGUUGUGCCUUAUGGGCUGUCACUCGAGCCCAACCAGCAGUCGCACAGCGGCGCAUGAUAUAUGCAGAAUGUUAUUACCGACAAAGGCAAGGGAGACCGGAGUGACCCGUAAGGCACAAGGGGAUGAGUGAGUUCCGUAAAGACGACCGGUGAGCGUCCCUCUACCACUGUGUAUUCCCGAUCGAAUCCGACAGGACAACGGACCCAGUGGUUUGAGGCGUUUGACUUCUAACUAACGGGUCGUAAGCCCGAGCCCGGGGCUGGGUAUGACUGGCUGAUGAUGGCUAAUAAGCCAGAAAUGGCCACUCUAGCCUCCCUUGCCCUUGUCGGUAAUAACAGUUCCCCGGUGUCUGUCACUUAAGUCUAGAUACUGAGCCUACACUCGAGUGAAUCGAUGACGUUUGCUUAGUUGUUACUGGCGUGUUUAAAAUUUAUGAUUAGAGCCCACCACCACUAUGGCACCGCCCGUCGUCAGACAAACGUGCGUCUAGGCAGCCAGUGCCGUCCAUGUCUCAUGCUUCAAGUCAAUAAAUCACAGUGAGCUUGCCGACGGCCUGUUUUUCCAGCAUCAAUUCAGGGCACGUUUUUAAGUGCUCUUGCUGGCGAAGUGGUGCGCAAUGAGUCCCUAAACCGGGCUGUUAAGUCCUCUCAGAAGGCUGUCGAGUUCCACUGUGGGUCACGACUCUGUUACAAAUGAGAAGGUGGCCCGAAUUAGCAUGGGCGCCUACGGGAUUGCAGGUAGACCUCUUCGUAGAACACUUUGUUUGGGUAUGGGAAGCAUGGAAAUUAGUUAAGGGAGACACGCGCUGUUCACUCUUUUAAGGGUGGCCCGAAAAUCGACGCAGCAUUCUUGUCGUUGGGAUUUCACGUGAGACGAUGAACCACCAUGCUGCAGGCCAGCCUCGCUUGCCAAGUCCGCGCGUGAUUCAGCAAUUAGCACGCCGCCGGACCGUACGCGACCUUCUUGGGCCCGGCAACCCGCGAGGGGUCUGCCGCGAUGGCGCUCAAUGAUCAACCAAUAGGAACACGUGAAUCGGACAGGAACAUGACCUUCAAAUAGGACAUAUUGGGCGGAUAGGUUGAAAUGUUUAUGCGCGCAGUGAUUGUCGUAGUGACCUUGUCCUCCUUCAUCCAUGUCUGUCUUCUGUUCUACACAGCAACUAACAAUAUGCCACUGGGGGUUGUAACAGGCGAACGAAGGAAAUGCUCAGUGAAGGACAGAUGCGGAAGUAAUUGGGAUAACAAUAAGCUGGUUUCACUGACUGGAAAGGCUGGAAACAGGCGCACAACGAUGAGAAAAGGAAACGGCUGGAGGGCAGCAUAACCGAAUUUAUCUAUGACCCCCACGUCAUUUGAGGAAAUAUGCUUCAGAAAAUAUGAAUUAUUGUUAGAUAGAGAGAGGGGGGUUGAAGUCUGGUCGGUAAAAAGUGGAAGUCCCAUUCCUUAAGGGACGAAGGGAACACGGAAUGUAUGUCACAUUUUUCAUGUUGAAGAAAACAGUCGAAAUUGCCUUCACGGGAACUGCGAAAACUUGGAAACAUUCAAAGUCCUUGUCCAACAGGCACUUUGAAUGUUUUCAACUGGAAAAAAGAACAGAUGAAGACUAUUCACCCUAGACAGGUGUGUCAGUUCGACCAUCACGAACGACAAAUCCACCGUGCGCCCCACAGCAUGGUGAACGCGGGGACGGUGACUUGCGCUUUAAACAGUUCAUAGCGGUAGCAGACUUGCGCAGCAUCUGCUUCACUCUCGCGGCAGCCCGUCCCAGUGGUCGCCGGCGGCGUCGGCUACCCACGCCACUCUUCAGUCUGUCUCGCGCUUCCUGUCAAUCGAUCGUUUCAGCCGCGCUAGACUUGUCAACAGCGUGGCGAGAGCUCGAGGCCAAUCGACACUCCGUUAAUCGCUGAUUGGCUGCAGGCGGACGGGGCCAGGGCACAUGCGCGCCCUGGAGCUAAGAACCUCGGCGACGGACACAGGUCCGAACAGACGGCCUGCUGCAACUGCUUGCCAGGCUACCUGUACACUCUCAUUUCGGUGAAGUUGGCCCAUCUAUUAGUCUUCCCUGACUUGUGAUUUGGGAAUAUUCGAGUCCUCAACCCAUUGUAUCUCGACAAUAAGUGGCCCUCAGGUGACCUGACGCAUCCAUCUGACUCGGCUGAGCUCAACCAUCAAAAGAAUCCCGUUCGAUUUCAUCCUCCGGUUUUUCUCGUGUCUCUCAUCGUGCGCACGGAUAGGGAAGCAGAGUUACCGUAAUCUUGUCGCCAAUGAAGGCGAUACCAUCAACGUACUCUUGAUUCCAAACCCAUUGCGGGAAUGGUCUUUCAACAACACUGGAUGGUUUCCCCUUUCAGAGGUUCUUGUCCUCAUUAUUACCGGCAUCAUACAUCAUGACCUCUCAGAGCGACGACCCACUUCUGUACCUAACACAGUGAAAUCCCACUUCGUCCGACACGCUCUGCAAUCUAUCCCACUUCCGAGCCCAGACGGCAGUGAAACCCUCCACUUACGGGUUCGUCUGGCUCGGCAUUCACUGUUGGACGCACGCUCGCCUCUUACGCCAACGUGCCAGCCCACCGGCACACGUUGCCUCGACUGCAUCUCUGCGCAGGUCGCAGCAUGAACCUUGCCUCCGGCCCGAGCAACUCCUGCCACCAUCGAUACGCGCUCGAACCUGCAUGUGCGCUGGAUUCAAUCAUUCAUUUCACUGACCCCUCACUUUGUUCGGUGUUUUGGGGGCGUUGUAGUGCCUCAAACGCGUGUAAACCUUUCGCCACCGGCACUCACGUGCGCCGCUAGGGAUUAUGUGAUCAUGAUGCCUGAGCUGCCAGAACAUGCGCACGAGCAACCGGGACAGCCAAUUGCAGGCGCCCACAAAAUCUUCCACCACCCAAUCAUGUGAUCAAGCUGACUGACGCUUAUUCAUUCACACCCGCAUAACCCUAUCAGGCAGAAGCGCGCGUCGGGGUUCUGUCCGCUGAGUUCCUGUACAGAAUACACGACUUCUGUUGGGCCUUUCCUCCUCUUCAAAAGAGAAUGGGGCAGUGAUUAUUGUGACUCUCUGAGAAUAUUCGCUACUUAGACGCGGUAAUUCCUCCUCCCUCCUGGACUUGGGGGCAACGGUGAGUCGGGUUGACCGGAGUCAGGACCCGUCGCAGUGGCUGAAAAAGCCAAGUAGUUCGUCUACGCGUGCCGCACACAACCUGGUUACCUACACAACUCCUGGUUUUCACGAAAAGUGGGCGAGCGACUCAGACCUAACAUGCCUGAGGAUGCUUUAGAGGCCACAUUAAGGAGCCAUUAGGCCUGACUCUCAGCCCACCAGUCGGUCACUUCACACACACACACACACGCACACACGUAGGGCUGACUGUGAGAUCUAAAUUGUGUCGUCAGCUGGCAACCUCCUAAGCCAUGACGUUUAGUGCGUUGUGAUAGAUUCAAGCAUGUCAAAUUCAUUAGUGAGGACUGCGCCAAAGUGCCACGGGAAUGGGGUCACCACGGUCGGCCUCACUCUCCUCUCUUCCAUGGAUCAACUCGAGCUAUCUAGCCGACUGGUGCUGAGAGCGGCUGACAGAGUUCCGAGAGCCCGUAUACUUGUACCACACACGAUGUGAUUAGACAUGAGGUUGUGCUGCGAACGCGCUUGCCAUAUACACCCGAGGUGUCUGUUUUGCUUCUGUGGUGGAUGAUGUGAGACGAGUUUGUAUAUUGUUACAUGUUGGUGGGGAGAUGUGUGGUGAUGGGGUUCAGUCUGCCGUGUUUUACCGCAGGUUUUCGUGGAGACGCAUAUGGUCGAGUAGGCCCAUACGGUGAAUUAAUGUGCGCGAGCAGUUGAGACGUUGCAGCGGAUUUACGUCGGAGUUCCAAGCACUAAUUCACUGGUGUCUGUGCGAGGGAUCUACAAACCGAUCAGGCCCAUAUGCGAUGUGGAGAUGAGCUCGCAGUAGGGACAGGUUGGCACUGCUGGUGGUGGAAACGAUUGUGGAGCCGGUGAGUGGCCGGGCACCGGCAGUGUUAUUACCAAUGGUGGUGGUCGUCGUCGCUGGAGCGGGAGUUUUGAUUGUUGAUGGAGGUGGUGGUGAGCGGCGGCGGCGGCGGCGACGGCGACGAUGACGACGGUGGUGGUCGUCGUGAGCCUCGCGAGGGUUGCCGCACGGAUGAGGUUGGAGGCAUUAGGUGGAGUUGUCGUCUUUUAUUGCAUUGGGUCCAAAGAUGUUCGCCGAUGCCGAUCCGUUUGCUGAAUGUCAGUUUGCAGCGUAGACACGAUUGAGGGGGGUGGUGGUUGGGUGUUUGGGCUGUGGGCCUGUGGAGCUUAAAAUUUGCGAGCUGAUCUUUUGACUUUGGCCAGCGGCGAUCCGGUUUGCUUCAUAUAUGGCUGCUCCAGUCUUCACUGUGGUUCUGCAGCUUAGAUCGGGGAAUUCAGCUCCCUGACAAAGUUGACGUAGACGGUCCAUGUCCCCGCCCUGUAGAGCAGGACUACUAUCCAGUAAUCUUUAAUUUCGUCUUCAGGCGACUGAUGCCUGUAGUCGGCAGGAGACCUGACUGGUUUUGGAGAUCUGCUUCGCUACCUCGUCGUUGAUCGUGAUACUUUUGUGAUGCUACUGCCUAUAUAGGCGAUGUUGUUCACUGGUACGAGUAGCGUUCCAUUCAUGUUGAUCUUGUGAGUAGUGUAUUUGUCCGCUGUUGGUUGUUGGUGCAUGACCACCGUUUUCUCUGUGUUUAUGGUCAAUCCGGAGUUGGCGCACCUGGAGGCGAAGAGGCCCGUGUCUCUAUAUGCCUGCUUUUGUCAUGGCAUUGAGCGCACAGUCAUCCUCAAAGAGGAGAUAAUGAACAGUGGUUGUUGACAUUUCUGUGGACGCUGGCAUUCUUCGGACGGUGGGAAUUCUGCCGACGGUCCUAUGGGAGAUGUUAAUCCCAGGCUUUACCCACGACAGACCUCCACCUGCAUGACGGAGAAGAUUAGGUUUAAGAAGGUGUGAGUCAGUACAAAUCCCUACUUCAUUUAAUUGAUCAUUACGAAUGCUACCGUCGUGUCGUGGAGUUGGUGUACCAUGUGUGUGAAGCAUUCCGGACAUCCGAACUUCAGCAUGAUCCUCCAAAAUCCGUUGCGGUCCAUGGUGUCGAAGGCUUUUUUCAGAUCCACGAACGCUGGUGGGCAUUUCACACCACCUCUUCUGCAGUUGCCGGACUACAAGGGUCAUGUCGACGGUGCCGCGGCUUAUUUGACAUCAACACUGGAUUUCCGCGAGGAGUCAAUGUCCCAGGUGGCUGCUGAGACGGCUGAGGAGGAUGCGGACGAAGAUCUUCUCCGCCUUGUUGAGCGCUGA